UUAUAAAACGUCAAAUGCGAACGACGUAAUGUCAGAUGAAAUAUAACCUAGCAUUUCUCAAAAAUUGAACUUAACAGUAAUAUAAAAUGUUUUUAACUCUUAAAUUAUUGGCAAAUAGACAUCCUUCGUUUAUUGCACGAACAGUCUUUGUCAAAAAUAAUGACGUAGAAGGUGCUUGUAGGAUAGUGAAUAGAAUUCUUGGGAAAGACGGGAUACUUGAACAAUAUAGACUUACGAGAUAUUAUGAAAAACCUUUCCAGACAAGGCGCCGAGUCAACCACGAGAAGUGCAAGGCCAUUUACAAUGAAGACAUGAAGAGAAAAAUAGAGUUUGUUCUGAGAAAAAAUAGACACGAACCAUUUCCAGGGUGUCAUUGACAUGUUUUAGUUUUCUCCAGUAAUGAUAUGUAAAUAGAAUGUACUGUUAUAAAUAAAAUUAUCAAACAAAUUGAAAA